GGACUGACAGGAGGGGCUGGCCGGACGCUGGCCCGCCCGGGGAAGGCUGCAUUGCCGCCGAACCGCGCUCACACCGCGGGCGGAAGCAACGCGGGACCUGAGCUCCCAUCUCCACCGAAGAUCCCAACGAGACGACAUGCCUCCCAAGAAGCCUGAGCCUAAGAAGGAAGCGGCCAAGGCUGCCCCAGCCCCUGCCCCGGCCCCAGCUCCUGAGCCCCCCAAGGAACCUGCCUUUGACCCUAAGAGUGUCAAGAUAGACUUCACGGCCGACCAGAUCGAAGAGUUCAAAGAGGCUUUCUCGUUAUUUGACCGGACGCCGACUGGAGAGAUGAAGAUCACCUACGGGCAGUGCGGGGACGUGCUGCGGGCCCUGGGCCAGAACCCCACCAACGCCGAGGUGCUGCGUGUCCUGGGCAAACCCAAGCCUGAAGAGAUGAAUGCCAAGAUGCUGGACUUCGAGACGUUCCUGCCCAUCCUGCAGCACAUCUCCCGCAACAAGGAGCAGGGCACCUAUGAGGACUUCGUGGAGGGGCUGCGUGUUUUCGACAAGGAGAGCAACGGCACGGUCAUGGGUGCUGAGCUCCGCCAUGUCCUCGCCACCCUGGGAGAGAAGAUGACCGAGGCUGAGGUGGAGCAGCUGUUGGCGGGGCAAGAGGAUGCCAAUGGCUGUAUCAAUUACGAAGCCUUUGUCAAACACAUCAUGUCUGGAUAAAGCAGACCCCUCGCGGGUGCCUGUUCUGGGCCUUAACCUUUCUGGAGUGAGGGAAGCCUGAGGCCCAGAGAGACUGAGCUGGAGCUGGGGUCCUGGACUUACCCGACACAACAUGACUCCUGGGGCCUCGAACCCUCCCUGUAAAUAAACAGUUCUGGCAAGCCUGGGCCAGAUUCUCUGA